AACAUGCGUAGGUGAAUCGAAAGAUUAAAGGUCAAAUUUUUGUGUCUUCUCUUCCUCUGUCUCAUGCCACAAUUUUUAGAUUUCAAACUUUGAUCCAUGACACUCUCCAUAGCUUCCUCUCUCAUUCCCUUCAGCUUUCUCAGGCAUGUCUUCUUCUUCCUCUUCUUCUCCUUGUUAAUUUCCCCAUUUCCCUGAUCGAAAGCUUUAAUCUUUUUCUCGUGCGUGUCUUCGUAAUCUCUGGCGUUUCUAUUGAAUUACUAAUGCAAUUGAAAAACUUGGGGAUUUCAUUAUAAAGUAUUGAUCUUUGUGAUGUUUUCAUCUGUUCACAGAGAAUUGAAGUCGAGACAUUAGAAGUGUUUGUUGUGUGUGUGUGUGUGUUUCUAUAGAAUUUUUGAAUUUUGUGAUAAAAUUGUGUGAAUGGGAGCUCCAAAGCUGAAGUGGACACCAGAAGAAGAAACAGCUCUUAAAGCUGGAGUACUUAAACAUGGAACUGGAAAAUGGCGUACCAUUCUCUCAGAUCCUGUGUAUAGCACAAUUCUGAAGUCUCGUUCUAAUGUGGAUCUCAAGGACAAAUGGAGAAAUAUAAGUGUAACAGCUUUAUGGGGAUCUAGGAAGAAGGCUAAGCUUGCUCUUAAAAGAACUCCUUUGUCGGGUAGUAGGCAAGACGAUAACGCUACAGCUAUUACCAUUGUGUCUUUAGCUAAUGGUGAUGUAGGAGGACAACAGAUUGAUGCACCAUCUCCUCCUGCAGGUUCUUGUGAACCUCCAAGACCUUCUACAAGUGUGGAUAAGAUUAUAUUGGAGGCUAUUACCAGCUUGAAGAGACCAUUUGGUCCUGACGGAAAGUCGAUCUUGAUGUAUAUAGAGGAGAAUUUCAAGAUGCAACCGGAUAUGAAACGGCUUGUGACUUCAAGGCUGAAGUAUUUGACAAAUGUUGGAACAUUAGUUAAGAAAAAGCACAAAUACAGGAUUUCUCAGAAUUAUAUGGCUGAAGGAGAAGGACAAAGGUCUCCUCAACUCUUGUUGGAAGGAAACAAGGAAAACACUCCGAAACCGGAGGAGAAUGGCGUCAAAAAUCUUACUAAAUCCCAAGUAGGUGGAGAAGUUAUGAUAAUGGGUAUGACAGAAAAAGAAGCUGCUGCAGCAGCUGCAAGAGCUGUGGCAGAAGCAGAAUUUGCAAUGGCAGAAGCUGAAGAAGCAGCAAGAGAGGCAGAUAAAGCAGAAGCCGAAGCUGAAGCUGCCCAUAUUUUUGCAAAAGCGGCGAUGAAAGCUGUGAAGUAUAGAAUGCAUAGCCAAACUCGGUAAGAAUUAAGAAAAUCAUUGAUGUUGUAUCGGUUGAUAUAUCUUCAAUUCUUCAUGUUAUGUCAAGUUUCGAUCUUGCAUCGAAAUCAACAUUUUACAAUCGCCGCAGUGUUUUUAGUCAGUAACAGUGUCUUCUAACUCAGAUGAUUAUGUAAAACCUGUUCCUUCUCUUGCUUCUGUUGAUCUGGUUUUGUUAGUAACUUCACAGGUUUCUCGUGAACCAUUUUGAAACUGGUUUGAAAAGAUAUAAAUAAGGCCUUUGAUUUGUA